AUGGAAAAGGAACAAGAAGAAGUAAAGGUUUUAACAACUAGCAAGUUCACAUGGACCAUUAACUUCUAUACUACUAGUUCGGUUGGCCCCGUAUUCUUCUACUCCGAAACCUUCUUCGUCGGCCCCUAUUCCUGGCAGAUAGCUAUAUAUCCAGGUCUCUCCAGCAUUAUUUUACGAGGCUUAUUGGUAGAUCGAUUGUAUGGUGUGGACAUUGUUGGAUGGAGAUCUCUUAACUUCAAGCUCUCUUUAGUUGAUCAGCUUCAAGGCAAAUCCACCAUAACAAAAGAGAGGCAGAAUAUCAAUAUUCAUUGGCUCAAAAAAGGAGUUGAAGCUGUUGGCUUCAAAGUACAUUCAGACCUAAUUUUUGACUGCAAAAACGGGCUUUGUAGUGCAACCGACACGGGCAUUGUUGUUGCUGAGGUUUCUGUCAAUGGUAUAGGAGUUGUUCAUGAUCAAAAUCACCCAUGUUCAGUUAUGAAGUCCACUGCUGUAUUCUUGGAUUUCAGGGGAUUAUGCAAAAUGGAGAAAGACUAUGUUCAACUACUAGAAAAAUCAUGUUCAAAGUACCCUUCUCUUAUUGAAAGCCAUAGAAAGAGAAAACGGAGCGAAAGGUUCAAUCAACUUUCAUUCACAACAUUAGGGAAACUCUUGCAUUUUCUAGAGACUAAGAAAGUGAAGGACAUGAAGAGUGAUGAUGCUUAUAUGGAGUUACAAGAUUUAUGGGAAGAAGCUGAGAUUAGAUUUGAUGAUUUGAGUUGGUUGGAGCCACAUGUUAAAUCUGCUUUGACCUAUUUUGAGAAAGCAGCCAAGGUGGUUGAUUUAGAAGAAGAAGCUAACACCCUGGAAGAAGAGGCAGCUGCUAUAGAUGCUGAUCUUGAAACAGCAAAGGAUGAAUUGGCAAAGGCUGAAGAAGAUUUUGUAGCAAGAGGUUUGGAUGAUCAACUAGGAUAUGGAAUACCCUAA